AUGGUGUCGUUGAGGGUGAAACAACUGUUUGAAAUUAGUGGUCAAGGUCUACCGCCUUCUAAAGAUUUUUACCAACUUGUAAUUACCAGAAAUGAGCUUUUUAUACAUCCUAAAUGUCAAAAAUAUGAAGAUCAAUGUUUUAUUAUCAAAGUGUUUGCUAGAAAGCUGUUAGAAGAAACAUAACAUAUCUGCAAGGGGAAUUACGACUAAUCCAAACGUUUAUCUAAUGACGUACUGCUCAGGAUUAUUUCCUUCCUGCAACUGAAAGAUACAACCAUUAUAGCACAGGUUUCCCAUAGUAUCCUACAGGACAGAGUAGGGCAUGGCAGCUGUAGCCCAGGACCCAGGCUGCAUGGACAGAAGGAUGCUGAAGCUGAAGUCAUCUGCACACUGAUGAGAGAGAGGGAGAGGAAGAAAGACGUCAGAAAAGGCUCGGAUUCAGACAUCACCACUGUUCAGCCACCAUCAUAG